AUGGCACAACGAGCACAAGAGGCGUCUGUGGGCCACCUUGUUCGCGUGGGAAGGGUGAGGCACAUGGCUCUGCAGCUUGGAAGACCCCGUAUGGUCAAUGUAUCUGACUGUACAAUAUCCGCUCCUCUCGAUUGCGACCUGCCUAGAGAGCCAUCGAAAACUUUGUUUCGAGCCUUCACCUGUGGCGAUCGGCCGUCACUAUACCGAGUUGCAUUGCUCAAAUAUCAGAUAGCACAGUGGAUCCACGAUGCGAUGUCUCGAGGAGCAUUCAACCGAGAUUUCAACGAUUUGUCUGCGAUAGGGGUUCUUCACAAGCACGUAACCGAUUUGCUAGCUAACCUACCAUCCACUCUGCAAUCCGUCGCGCCUGACACAAGUUGGGAUUUGCAAAUCCCAGAACUGCGGAAGCACAGACUCAAUGCGGCAAUUAUCGUGGACGCAGUCUUGUUGGCCUUGCAUCGGCCUCAUGCGGCCAAGUAUCGGAAAAGUUUAGACGAGGCCAUGAAUGCCGCAAUCAGACUCCUCAAUUACUCGCAAAAACUCUUCGAGGCAACUGAGCCGCACCACCACAGGACCUACACAUUGAUCUUCUACACAAUUGAUGCAGGUAUCUCCCUAGCUACUCUGCUUGCAAGGUUUCCACGAGACAGCAUCGAUCGACGCUCAGAAGCCAUAGAGGCAUUGACACUAUCAGUCUCUCGGCUGAGCGUCCUGCGGCAGAGGAAUGUGGCUGCCAUUGCUGGGGAAAGUGUGCUAAACAAAUUCUUAGAGAUACUACAACCUUCAUCUCCACAACACAGUCUGACUACAGUCAAUGGAUCAACUCAUGCAGCUGGUCCCCAACAGCAGUGGAUCCCGGCUCAAAGCUAUGGUGAUGAAGUAAAUGGUGUGCUGAACGAAGGUCAGCCUGAUCGCUUGACCGAUGAGAACAGGUUUUGGGAAGAAGUGCUGGCAACUGACUUUACAUCUAACUGGCUGCAACAGUUCGACCUUGGGCUUGGGGGUAAUCUGGAUAUGACAGAAGAUGGCUUCAUGUGGGACACCUUGCGCAGGUGGUGA